UUAUGAAAACGAAUGUUUGGCUAAUAAAAUAUGUAACUUUUCUAACUAAGAAUGCAAAACUAUUCCUUGUGAUCAAUUAUCAGCAGGAAAUUGUCAUAAUAAUCAUAAGUUAUUUUGAUGAUAAUGAUUAAACUUGCCGAGAAAUAUAAAAUAUCAAUUUAGGUUCCUGUUCAGAAGACUUAUUUUCAUUAUGCUUGAUAGCUAAUGAAGGUCUUUUUAUUCGAAAGGGUGGAGUAUGCUAAGAAAUGAAAAUUUGUGAAGAUUCUAAAAGUGAUGACUUCUAGUGUUUUCUUGCUUUCCCAGCAUGUGAACCAACAAUUGAUAAGUGUUAAUCUCAUCUUAAAUGCAGUGAAUCAGAAUGGUUUGAUUGCAGAAUUGCUAAGGAAAAGAUUAAUGGAGAUAAAUAUUAACUUUGUAUGAAGGGAAGUAAUGGAUGUGUAGAUUUUGAUCCAAGUGUACAAAAAAAAGAUACUUGUUGGAACUCAUCCUCUCUUUUUUAUCAUUGGGAUGGUAAAGAGUGUUCAAGGUGUUCUUGGGAUUCAAUAAUCAUUUCAGUAUUAGCAAUUGCUCUUUUAAUCUUGAGUAUUUGA